CGCAACAGCAUCCGGGAUUGCAGCACACAGCAGGCUGGCACGCAUGCAUGUAGUUAGAAGUGAGCAAGCAAGCAGUAAUAGUAAGUAGCAAACAGGAAUCUGGAAUAGUGCACCGCACCGGGACGUCGCGUUGCAAUCGAACAAAAUCAGUCGUAUGACGACGGUGGUUGACAGGGUAUUUUAUUAUUUAUUAUAAAAUAUAAAAAGGAAAAGUUGGUUCGCGGUGCAGCGGUCGAUCUUUGUGCGAAUACGCGAUUCGGGUCCGUUGUUAUCAUCACGAUGUACGGGUGUGAGUGAUGUGGUGAACGAGAGGGUCGAAAGGACUCUCCAUCGGUCUAGUCUGCUGGCGAUGAAUAAUCUGCGGUGAUGAUGUGAGGGCAAGAGCAAGCAGUGUUACGUAUUAUUAUUAUCACCGUUGAUCAUAAGAAGAAAGAACGUGAAAGGCAACAAGUGUGAGCCGCCGCGGCGGAUAGGAGUGAUGCACAGUCACCGCAGUUGUACAGGGUGUUCCGAGACUAUCAAGAGGGCCACCGGUUUCGAUACAAUUUAUUCAUAUCCAAAGAAAUCUUCUCGACAUUCCGAAACCUUCCUGCAGCAUUCUCAUCGUCAACAAAAUGUGAAGCAUUCGACGCAUCGCCCCUUUUCUCUACAAUGAACAUGUUUGAUGCAACCCCUUUAGGUAAAAAGGCCAAAACAAUCCCGUCCCACGCCUUGAAUAAAAUUGAAAAACGAUUUACCGCUCUUACUCUAUUUGAGUUUUUCUCUUUCGGCUUGGAAAAAGAGGAAACACGGUGGCCAUAACGGCCCUGGGCCGUCCCAUUAACGGGAUGACCGUUGCCUAACAUUGCACUCUAUGUCCUCAACGGCAAAGAGGCUCGUGCUGAAUUGGCGAGGGGCCGGUCACGGGGGUAGCAGGAAACAGUCGGGAGACAGUAGUUCGGGAGGCAGCAGACUGGUGACUUACGGGGGUAAUAGCGGACGGGGAUCCGCGGAUUGCGGGGGGGCUGGAGGACACGAGCUGGAUGAAAUUGCUAUCGUAUCGAGCAACGCGGAUCCUUGUCACGUCAAAUAUGGAUCCGGAGGAGCAUUGCAUCCCACCAGCAUCAACGGACCAAGGCUUGUUCCAGGAAUUAUUACUUCCGGAGGAGGCCGAAUGGUGGGGGAACGGCUCAGCACGAGCGGCACUCAACUUGACAUGAGUCCGCCUCUGCAAACUUCAGCCCCUACUACAAGACACAAAUCUAGUACUGAAAGUGUUCAAAGGGCUCUGAAAUCCAUCUCAAGACAGAGUCUCCUCGAUCUGGUGAGUUGUAAAUUGGGCAUGUCAAAAUCCCGUUCGUCUUCGGCUUUCCAUCAGCAGCGGAGGUAUUUUUCGGCAUCGCACGACAGCAUUUCGGCCACUUAUAUUAACAGGGCUGCGAAUAUCAGCUCUGCCGCCAGCGAAUUAGAUUUGUCACGAAAACAGAAGCGCAAAGAUAUCCGAAGCCGUUUGAAGUUACCAUCGAGCGUAGCACUGGCUAGUUCUGGCGAAGCGCCACUGUUAGGCUCUUGGAGGACACCAGGCUCAACAGGCACCAAUCCACCUUCCUCCAAUUAUCUCAAUUCGACCAGUAGUUGUAACGGCACAGAAAGUCGACAUGGAUUUAGAAGACGGGAAUCGUAUAACCCCAGGUCGAGGUCCAGCGCAUCGAAAUGGACCUUCGUGUUCGAUCCUGCCGGUCGUUUAUGCUACUAUUGGUCGAUGGUCGUGUCCUUUGCCUUCCUCUACAAUUUCUGGGUCAUUAUUUACCGUUUCGCCUUCCAGGAAAUUAACAGGGAUACGAUUUUAGUCUGGUUCUGUCUAGACUAUUUUUCGGAUUUCCUAUACCUGGCCGACAUUAUGUUCCAUUUUCGUACGGGUUAUCUGGAGGAUGGGGUGCUGCAGACGGACGCAACGAAACUGCGACACCACUACAUGAACUCCACCACCUUCUACAUAGACUGUUUGUGCCUGUUACCUUUAGAUUUCCUCUAUUUAUCCAUAGGGUUCAAUUCUAUUCUGCGGUCAUUCCGAUUGGUGAAGAUUUACCGGUUCUGGGCGUUCAUGGAUCGGACGGAACGACAUACCAAUUAUCCCAACCUGUUCAGGUCGACGAGCCUGAUUCACUACCUCCUAGUAAUAUUUCAUUGGAACGGGUGCCUCUUUCACAUCAUCCACAAGAAUAACGGGUUCGGUUCGAAAAAUUGGGUGUACAGUGAUUCGGAAAAUUCGGACGUUGUUAAACAAUAUUUGCAAAGCUACUAUUGGUGCACGUUAGCGUUAACAACUAUCGGAGACUUGCCUCGGCCACGUAACAAGGGCGAGUAUUUGUUUGUGAUUUUGCAGUUGUUGUUCGGCCUUAUGCUUUUCGCAACUGUACUCGGUCACGUGGCAAACAUUGUCACUUCCGUUUCCGCCGCCAGAAAGGAGUUUCAAGAAACGGUGUUCGGUGCGUUUAAUUUUGAGAAGUUCCGUUCCAUUUUUGCGAUGGUUCUAAUAAUUAAACCCAUGUUUGCCGCCUUUGCUCUUAAAGAAAGCACGGACGGUCCUUCCGACACGUUCAUUAAAGUCGUGCCCUUCAUGCAAAUUUUAUUUUGCAGAUGA